AUGUUAAAAAGUGGAUUUUCUCCAAAAAUGUGGUACAAUUUACUUUGCUUCACAUGUCAAACUUCUAGCACACAAUAACUGGUACACUGAUCAGUUGAUUGAUAAGCUUCACAUUUAUUAUUUAUCCAACUCAAGGGCACAAAUAGCAGCACAGUAAAAGGCCAGCGAACACAACGGCCAAUCUUCUUUUUUUCUGUACUAGAGGUUUAAUUUUACUUCAUUGUAUUUUUAGAACGGAACCUGGAUGACCCUGUCAGUGGUGUCUGUAUCUUGAAUUGACAGUCUUGACCUGAUGCUCGAAACUUGAUUCACGCUUCUCAAAACUUAAGUGUCCCUUGCAGCUGUUUUUGUCUCAUUACACAAUGCUAUAAAUGAGUGUUGCAUGAUGAGACAGAAAUGGAAGAAUACUCAAAAAUUGUGUCUCGCGUUUCGAGAAACCAGCAUUAAUUUUUUAUGUUCAUCAACCAAAAAGAUUUCGAGAAACGAUUUUAUAUUUCUCAAGAAAAAUAACAAUAACCAUUCCUACGAAAAGUGAAAGCACUGACUAACAGCUUUUGAAUGUACAAUCAAGCUUAAGCCAAGUUAAGUUUAAGUUUUUAGGUGCUAAAAAAGGACCAACAACAGGUUUUUUAUCUCGAAGUUAGGAAAAUUGACCCAGUAUUUUUAUAUCAAGUCUCUCUUUUUAACUAUCACAAGUGUUUCUAUAUUUGCGAGGUAUAGAUAAUGCUGAACACAUGAUAACAGAAACCUCUGAGUGUACUGUUCAUAUGUUCAUAGCAAAAUAGAAAAUGCUACAAACUUGCCAAAGUAGAAUCUGCAUACCUUAUGUCACAUGUAAUUUGAAACCUCUUGCUUUCCCAUGCAACUUUUUAUCGGUUUUUACUACAUGCAAUAGUGACCUAAUGUUUCAUGAUUUUACUACUGACGGUUUUUCUAAGACUAUUAAAUUCAUUUGAGGUCAUUUUCAGACGAGAAACUUCAACUGCAUGCACUGCAGCAGAAGUUUCAGAACUGAUUUCAAGACAUUAGGGCGUUAUCGGCGACAACCAAAUGUUGUCUGUUUUCAUUUCACAAGUGCAGAAUAAGCAGGGAAUUUUGUUGUUCAUUAACCAGAAGAUGGCCUGAGAAUCAUAACUUUUAGGCGCCGGUUUAGGUUCCUUGUUUUAAAUUUUGGUCACCCGCAGGUAAAUCAUAGGCGCCCCUGGUGACUGGGCGCCUGUUAGGCAGCAGCCUUGAAGUGGCCUUAAGAGCUGCUUGCCUGCAUGUAAAAGCUGGCUGGAAUUCACGUUUUUUUCAUGCCCUGAUACUAUUCAGUAAAUGGAUAACAUCACCUGAUGAAGACCGGCAGUAAGAUCGAGGUUGAAAUGUUGCAAUUAACAACUUAGUGUCUAUUGUGAGGCAAACGACAGCACUGUGUAGAACAGUAAAAUGCUAUGUAUUUUCUGUGACAGUAAGUUAUAGAAAAUUGCUGUUUUUGUUGGUUUUAUAGUCCUACAUACAGCUUUAGGUGAGUAAUUUAUUCAGUACUCAGUUAUAAUAUUUAUUGAACUGUUUUGAAAUCUACUGUUUGUUGUAGAAAAACCCUGGCCAAGGAACAUCAGAUGGUACAUUCAGGAAGAAGCGAUAUUUCGUGUGUGCCCUAGACUCAGGAGUUUUUGUUGCUCUUGAUAAACUUACACCUUUUGAGGAUUCAGACUCAAAAGUACAUGUACCGGUACGUCAUAGAGUUAACAUUGAACGUAAAGUUAACAUUGUACGUCAUGAAGUUAACAUUGAUGAACGAGUUGUGACAUUUGCUGGUGAUGCUCCUGUCAGGGGAACUGUUGGUUAUAUUGGUGAGGACAAAGACUCAAAUGGACAAAUUCACACCAUUGUAGCGUUAGAGCUGGCAUGUUUAACAGUUAGUUGUCACAUGUAUGUGUACAAUAGACUCUUAAUGCCAAUUGUGCAGUACUCGCCCCUCAAAGUAAACUACAGUACGUACAUGUAGGUGUAUCAGUGAAAUCAAAUGGAACAGUCACACCCAGACACCAGGUGAAGCUAAUUAACUGCAUAAAUGAAGCUAGUUGAUGGAGAAACAACAGGCGGGGAGGGUGGUGUCUGGAUGGUAUAAAUGUAAACACAUAAACAUGAAAGAGUGUUCCUGUGUAUGGAAAUAGUGUGAUGCCACUGAGGGCUGAGAACUAGAAAUGGUUUUUAAGGUGAAACUACAGUACUGCUCAGAAGUUAAGUUACCAGUCACGAAACCAACUAAACAUUUUGCAAAGUGUUACCUUCAAGACUGACGAAAACGGGCACUAGAUCUUGUGUUAAGUUUCUUUCAAGAAACUUUCUUUUCGCUUGGCAUUAGCACAUUGUUUAAUUGGAGUUUCUAAGUUUUCGGAUUUGUUAGCCAUUGACAUUUGACACUGUUCAUGACGUUUUGUUCUCUGAAAUAUGAAAACUACUUCUAGUUUCCUCGAUUUUUUAAAUGAACAAACCAACAUGAGAAGAUGAACCAAAUAUACUGCAAAUAGGUAGGGAUAAGUUUCUUCACCAAACAAUUUGUCAGCUCUUUUGAUGUGUGUAGUUAUCAUUCAUGCGUAGUGGCAACUUUCGCCAACGAUAUAUCUACAACUAGAUGCUGGGAACUUGACAGGAGUACUGAACUCUAUCGUAAUGUUUGGCUCUUCGACUUCAUUUGUACAGGGCAUGAUCCCGGUAAUUAAUGGAUUCCUAAAUGCAUGUUAAUGCAUCUUUGAUAACUGCAAUAGCUAUCACUACGAAUCUCUUUUUCAUGAAAAUCCCGUGAAAAUGUGUUGAAAAACCCAUGAACCCUUUUUCAUGGCCAUGAAAACAGCGAUUUUGGAUUUCAUGGUGCUAAACUAAGUCAUGAAAUUUCCAUGAAAUUCUUAACCAGUUAUUUUCAUGAACCAUGAAAAGUUUACAAAGCCAUGAAUAUGGAUUUUCAUGGGUCAUGAAAGUCACAGAUAUUUUAGACUGAUACAUUCCAUGAGCCCUGAAAAGGCAGUUACAGCCUCGCAUGUAUUUCAUGGGUGAUAAAAAUUCUAAUGGCCAAUGAAAUUCCCAUGAAGGCACAAUUGAAAACCCAUGAAAGUGUCCAACUCACAAUAGCACAAAAGUAGAUGUUAAUGCCUUAGAUGCCUCUAAUGCUCUUGCCAGAUCUGUUUAAACUUAGGUCAAUAAAGUUCAUGUUGACAAAAUACUGAUGCAAAAAAAAUUGGUGUGAUUAAAAAUAGUAACUUGUUAGUCCAAUCUCUUUUAAUCUCUUGUAUUUUAAAGUUGCACUUUAUGAUUCAACACCAUUUUGACUCCUAAAGAGUUAGGAAGGUAAUGGUCUGGUUUUCUGAAGACUGAAGGUCUUGUUGUUCGUAUUCUCUGCAGGUAUUCAAUGCAUGCAAACCACAUGCAUAGUAAUUUUUUAAUGCAUUGAAGUCAUUUUGCCUAAAUGUCUGUUCUCCAGUUGAUUUGCCUGAUCACAUACAACACUCUUUUGUACACAACACGCCUUGGAUUCCAUAGCUGCGAUUUAUCUAGGAAGAUCGAUAGGGCCUCUGCUUGAGUUACCUAUUCGCUUUCCAUAAUAAUGAAGUCCACAUGUACCUCAGCGAUCGCAAAGUUAGUUUCGUAAAUUCUGAGAUAUUUUGCGUGAAAUUUUCUUAUUGGAAAAAAAAGCUUUUGAUCCACAAGUGUAGUAAGCAACUGGGAUAUUCAAAAUGUCUUCUCGUACCUGAGCUAGUCCAUUAACAAUGUCUACAACAUGUGUUUCAUUGAAGCUUUGUAAGUAAGGCCAUCAUUUCUUGCACAAAAACAAUGCGAAUUUUUUCCCUUGCUGCUGACACCUCAAAAGCUUUAGAUUAUUUCAUUCAGCUCUUAUAACCACUGCUUUUUAGACUCACUAAACUCGAUCACUGAACGGAUUACAUGUUUGAUAUUUGAGCUCACUAGUUUCCAGUCUCCCACAAAGUGACUCCGGUUGUCACGUCCACCUUUUGAACCAAUGGAAAAGCGAAAAAUGAAGUUCCGUUGGAUCAGUUCAAAUUCACGUGGACUUAAUUUCGAGCAAGAGUUGAUAUAUUUUUAACCCAAAUCGACGUUAAUUUAAAGGCGGAUUGUUGAUUUGUUUUGUUGUCCACAUGAAGCGCGCUUCCAAUCAAGUUGGAGAACGAUAAGUCAGCUGGAUUGUGGAUUGUAAACGCAUGUUUCUGCUUAUUGUGUUUUCGUUGUUACUAGGCAACUGACCGCUGACCAACAACAAGAGAGUGCAAUCCUUGUUGUUUACUGCAUUGAAUUCCUGUGA